GCUGCCUUGCACUUGAAGCUUUGAUUUUCUUUUUCUUUCAGUACAUACAUACAUACAUACAAGUAGAUACAAUAGUCAGAGUUGUUGAACAAGCAAGCAAGCAAGCAAGCAAGCAAGGUAUGAAGAUGGAUGGAAUUCAUACAGUACUAGAGGAGUAUCUAUCUAUCUGAAACUGAAAUCAAACAUCCAUACUAUUAAAAUAUAUUGCCCGCCUCUUUCCAUCAGUUGAGACUUUUGAAGCAAUUGGCUGGAGCAUGAAUUCAAUACAUACAUACAUACAUACAUACAUACAUACAUACAUACAUACAUACAGGAGGGAAAGAGAAGUCAAUCAUGUGAAGGAAGGAAGGAAGGAAGGAAGGAAGGAAGGUGCCUGAGUUUUAGUUGGUUGAAUUUUCUAGUCCAACUCUCUGAAGGGACGAAUGGACCUUUCUUUUUCUUUUUCUUUGGUUUUGUGUGACCUUGCACUUGACGAAGACAACUUACUACUUUUCUUUCUUUCUUUCUUGUUCCUUGUCUCCUCAUCUUGUGCGUACAACUCAGAGAGCAUAAUAAUAUUGAAAUUUAAAAAUAGCAUAGAAUUUACUAAUACUCCAGAAGAGAAGAAGGUCCAGUCUUGUGUUGUGCGUGCCUGGCGGCGGCGAGGAGAGGCCAAAUCAACAAAAUAUCCGCCGGCCCAACCUUUGUUUCUUCUUCUUCUUCUUCUUCUUGUUCCAUUCAUUCAUCAGUUUGCUCCUCAUCGGUUGGUUCUAUUGAGUUGCUGCUGCUUUACUUUCUUCCCCUGCACCAUCUAUCUUCAAGCUUGUCCUCAAUCAAAUCAAAUCAAAUCAAAUCUCUUAAUCCUAUCUAGCAAGAAUUCAACUCCAUCCAUCCAUCCUCCUCCUCACUUGUCAUCUCUCUCUCUCUCUCUCAAUCAAAAGAGGAGAGCAGAGCAGAGCAGAGCAGAGGGCAAUCCAACCAUCUGUCCGUCUCUCUGACUCUGAGUUAGCCGCCGCACGCACGCACGCACGAUUAGUAGGCCUCCUAGGAGGGCUAGCUAAUAACAAAGCAAAUCCUAACCAAAUGGGAAGAUCAAGCACCCUAGCUACUACAAGUGGAUUAUUUAUCAGCAUCCUUUUGGCUUCGUCCAGUCCUUAUCUGAACAUCUAGCUCUACGAAAAAGAAGCAACAUUAUACUUACUGGUUCAAUCAGAGGGGGGAAAAAGUUAUCUUCAGUUGCACCUGUUAUUUCAUAUAUAUCCUCCAAGUCUGUCCGUCCGUGCGUCGAAAUAUGGUUGCAGGUGGUGGCACUCAAAAGAGACCUGCUGAUGACAUAAUGCACCAAGAGGAGCCUGCAAACACGGAUGCAAAAAAUGAUCACAUUGCCAUCUAUUUUUCAUCGACUCACCUCAACAAACAGAAAGAGGGGUUCUGGGUGACAAAACAAAUGGCCAAGAUUACUCCUUCCAGCAACACCUGGAAACACCGAGCUCACCACCCUGCUACUCCACGGACCACAUGCUCGGCGCUGACCAAAGAUACUACAACAGCAACAAUGGCUCCCCUUCUUCUUCUUCUUCUUCUUCUUCGCAGCAGCAGCAGCAGCAUGAACGCUCUUCUCACUCACCAAGAAGAAGGCAGUCCACAAGGCGACGCUUGGCAGCGGCGGUGCCGUUCGUGAGGAAGAUCGACUGGGGGUCCCUCUGGGGCAAGUCCAAGGAGUGGAUCAAGAACCCCAUGAACAUGGCCCUCUUCGUGUGGAUCGUCGCCGUGGGCAUCUCAGGCGCCAUCCUCUUCAUGGUGAUGACCGGGAUGCUCAACGCCGUGCUGCGGACCAAGUCGCAGGAGGACACAUGGUUCGAGGUCAACAACCAGAUCCUCAACGCGCUCUUCACCCUUAUGUGCCUCUACAACCACCCCAGGAGGUUCUACCACCUGGCGCUGCUGUGCCGGUGGAGAGCCACCGACAUGGCCGCGCUCCGGGAGGUCUACUGCAAGGGCGGCACCGUCAAGCCCAACGAGAGGAGGCACAUGAUGGUUGUGGUCUUGCUGCUCCACCUCAACUGCUUGGCGCAGUACGCGCUCUGCGGCCUCAACCUUGGGCUCCCCAGGAGCCGCCGGCCUCCGGUGGGCGUCGGCCUCACCGUGUCAGUCGCCAUCUGCGCGCCCGCGGUCGCCAGCAUGUACAACAACCUCAGCCCCCUGGGGAAAGACUACGAGGUCCAGGCCGCCGAUGACGAGGAGCAGGAGUCUUCUUCUUCGGGCUCGCGGCAGCGGCUCCAGCACAAGACCGUCGAGAGGAGGUACUCCUUCUCCCCCUCUCCGCCGCAGCGACAAGGAGAAAUGGGAGCUGUUGUCAUCGCCGUCGCUGCCGAAGAAGAUGGUAUGUCGCCGGAGUGGUCUGGUGGGCUGGUGGCGGACCUGUGGGAGGACAUCUCGCUGGCGUACCUGUCCCUGUUCUGCAGCUGCUGCGUGUUCGGGUGGAACGCCGGGCGUCUGGGGUUCGGCAACGCGUACGUGCAUGCGGCCACCUUCAUCCUGCUGUGCCUGGCGCCCUUCUUCAUCUUCACCCUGGCAGCCAUCAACAUCGACAACGAGGCGGCCAGGCUGGCGCUCAGCCUCGGCGGCACCCUGCUCUGCGUCCUGGGCCUGCUGUACGGCGGGUUCUGGAGGAUCCAGAUGCGCCGGAGGUUCGGGCUCCCUGGUAACGGCUUUUGCUGCGGCAGGCCUGACGUGACGGACUGCUUCCAGUGGCUGUGCUGCUGCCCCUGCGCCCUCGCCCAGGAGGUCAGAACCGCCGACGCCUACGACAUUGUGCACCACAGGAUGGUGUGUCGCCGCGACAGCCGCCGACCUGGAGACGGCGACGACCAUGAAGAAGAAGGUGCCAGCAGCAGCUCCCGGGUCCAGAUGCAGCAGCCACUGAGGUUUGCAGGUGUUUUUGCUUCAGAUACGAGUACGAGUACAAUACCACCUGCUGUGCCUGUUGGCAUACAGAAACAGUAAGUAUGAUGGAUGUAUGGUUAGAUGAGUAGGCUUAACUGUGGCUAGAUCUUUUUCACAACAAGCAAUCCAUUGUAAGUACGUACAUAGCAGAAGGAGGAUACAAGCAACUAUGCUAUUAAUAGAGUAUAUAUACCCUGUCAAUAUACUAGUAGUAUUCUGUUGUACUAGUUAUGAUCCAUUUUUCCCUGCUGAAUUUUGAGAAAUGAAAAUUUAAAUUUACCCUCC